AUGCCGCUUAUACGUGUAGAAGAUAACUGGUCCCAGGGCGUUUACCACCUGACUCGGAUCCCCUGUCGCAGUGACGUGACCAAAGGAGUCUACUGCCUUCAGUACGACGCUCACAAGAUAGUUAGCGGUCUCCGGGACGAUACUAUCAAAGUAUGGCGUCGGCGACAGCCACCACCACCACCAUCCUCUUUGAAAGUGACCUCUCUACUAUAUGGGGAAGCUUGCUCGGUUCGACGACCCUGUCCCCAGCGGUCGCGCGGUGAGCCAGGUCAGGUCAAUGGGCUUGUCGAACCGUUCUGCGAGGUCGCUGAUGCGCCGGUUGCCGCAGCUCUAUCAUCUUCGUCUUCGCACAGCCGGCAAUUAAUGGGGGUGUCCUCGAGACAGCGUCAACGCUCCAGCCAACAUGACGUCAGGAAGGGCAAUUCAGAAGAGGAGGAGGAAGAAGAAGAGGAGGAGGUAGAAGAGGCGGGAGUAGAAGCUGGGCCAGAUGCCGAAGAAGUAGAGGAUGCCGCCGAACUUGCCUGUGGCGAGGAGCUGGUAGACCUUGUCGAUUCUCCAUCGCGUUACAGCCAUCAGUGGCAGCGACGACAGCCUCGACAACAGCGGCCGCGCCAACAUCGACAGCAGCGACUUGAUGCCGGCGUGGUCGGACAAAUGAAUAUGCCAGAUUUUGCUCAACAGCCAGGUGGCUAUGGUGAUGGAGGAAUUGUGGACAGGAACUGCAAUGCGGCUGCCGCUCCUGAAUCUGGAGCUGAUUGCGGUGAGGGUAUGAUGGAGAUUGCUGCUGAUCAGCAGCAACAACAAGCCUACCCCCAAGCAGCUGCUGCGGAGGCUGCAGUGGCUGCAGGAGACUCCUCUGCGGCUGCUGCAGCCAAUGCUGAUACAUAUGAAUGCACUCAGGUAAGCCACAUAAUUCGUAAAUUUUAG